AAAACAAAAAAUAAUUUGAGACAAAGGGAGUACACAGCAAAAUACAAGGACGUAAUGUGAAUUGUGGAGAAAUGAAGAAGGAAAAGUGUCCCUUGGAGAAGCAAUAAAGUGUUUGUUUUGGGAAACUUUUUUCACAAUAAUGUCAAAUUUGUUGUGUUCAUGUCAGCCAAUUCGCUAAGGAGACUACUGAGGAAACUUGAGCCUCUCUUGAGUGUACCCUUUCACUUGCCUAAUUCUUCCAACCAGCCAUUCCUCCAUUUCAGCUACCUAUUAAGCUCAUGCAACUCCCUCGAAUCUCUCAAAAGAUUACACGCUGUGGUCUUGACAAAUGGUUAUCACGCAAACCUCACAGUAUGCACCAAACUUAUAUCUUUGGCAAGUUCUCUAUCGUCCACAAUGGACUAUGCCCGGAAACUGUUCGACCAAAUGCCUCAAAGAGAUGUGUUUGCUUGGAACACCUUGAUUCGGGGAUAUUCCAAUCUUGGUCCUUGUCAAGAAUCCGUAAUUCUUUAUAAAGACAUGCAUUUCCAAGGAUUCUUAGCUGAUAACUAUACGUUCCCUUUUGUACUUCGUUCUUGCUCUGUGCUGUCCGCUUUGAGAGAAGGUAGAGAAGUACAUUGUAACGUUAUUAAAAGUGGAUUUGAAAAUGAUGUGUUUGUACAGAGUUCUUUGAUUUCUCUGUAUGCGCAGAGCGGUGAGACUUUGGAUUCAGAGUUGGUGUUUGAUCAAAUGAGAGUGAGGAAUAUCGUUUCUUGGACUGCUGUGAUUGCGGGGUACGUGCAAAAUGGAAUUCCUGAGAAGGGGUUAGGGAUUUUUUUGAAAAUGGUCAAUUCGGGUACUCUACCUAAUGCUAUUACUUUGGUGAGUGUACUUCCGGCAUGUGCAAGGUUGGAGUGUUUGGAACUGGGAAUGUUGAUUCAUGGAUAUAGUAUUAAGUUAGGGGUGGAAACAGAUGUUUCACUAGUUAACGCUUUGAUUGCAUUCUACGGGAAGUGUGGACUCGUUGAUGUCGCUAGGUCUUUGUUUGAUCAAAUGAAGGAGCAUAGUGUGGUUUCAUGGAAUGCGAUAAUUGCUGCUUAUGAGCAAAAUGAUGCUGGUUCUGCGACAAUAAAGCUAUUUCAUAGGAUGCUAGAUCAAGGGGUAGAGUUCGAUUAUAUUACAGUGGUUACUGUUAUUUCGGCUUGUGCUAGGUUGGGGGCACUUGGUACUGGAAAAUGGGUGCAUGAGCUUGUAAAGAGCAAAGGUCUGGAAUGCAAUGUUCCAAUCACUAAUGCACUUAUUGAUAUGUAUGCAAAAUGUGGGAGUAUGGAAUUGGCUAGAGAUGUUUUUGACAGGUUGCCUAAUAGAAGUGUGGUUUCCUGGACAUCAAUUAUAGGGGCUUGUGCUUCUCAUGGUCAUGGGAGAGACGCUCUUCAGUUAUUUUCGAAGAUGAAAGAUGAAGCAAUCCAACCUAAUAGCUUCACCUUCACUGCUGUAUUGACAGCUUGUCGACAUUCAGGUCUUGUAGAGGAAGGGAGGAAGCACUUUGAGAGCAUGAAAACAGAAUAUUCGAUAAUGCCAGAGGUGGAGCAAUGUGCUUGUAUGGUGGAUCUUCUAGGACGAGCAGGCCAACUUCGUGAGGCUUAUGAAUUUAUACAAAACAUGCCUAUUGAGCCUGAUGCAAAUGUUUGGGGAGCUUUGCUUGGUGCUUGCAAAAUUCAUGGCAAUCUUGAGCUGGCAGAAUCUCUAGCAGAUCGACUAUUUGAUUUAAAUCCCCAGACAGUUCCUUUCUACAUACUCAUGAAAAACAUCUAUGCUGAAGCCGGAAGGUGGGAGGAUGUAGCUAGGUUGAAAUUCUUGUUGGAUGAAGUGGAAGCUGAAAAGAUUCCUGGCAAAAGUUCAGUUGAGAUAAAUCGACGGAUUCACACAUUUUUGUCUGGGUCAAGGAUUUCAAACUUCUCAAGAGUUCCACUCCAUGAAUAUGGUGUUCAACUGAAGUAUUAGCAAGCAGCUUUUGGAGUCUCCUGCUGUUAUGAAGCAUGCAGUAUAAUUAUCUGUCUCAAUCAAUUGAAGAAUGCUUUAGCAGCUUGGCCAUCCUGGACUUGUGAAACAGAGGCCUUAAUUGUGAAGUAAAUUCUCGCACGUGUCGAAACAAUUGGCAGAAAAUCAAUAAAUUCCCUUUCGCAGCAAGUCAAUCCUAUAUGAAACGCAACGUAAAUUGUACUACGCUCAUGAAAAAUAUCUAUGCAAAUUUGAAAGAUUGGGCUACGUUGAAUGUUAUCUAUGGAUAUUAACUCUAUGUGCGGAGAUGCAUGACUAAUACGAUUUUCAGGAUCAGUUCUUGAUUGAUGACGAUAAUGUUUGUCCAAUAUUUGUGUUAUCAACACGUAGUUAUUACAGCCAUAUGAGUCCGUCCUUCUGUCUAGAUUGCUCAUUAAGCCAUUCUCUUAUGGACUGGAAGUCUGUCUAUGACACUGGCUCAGUUUUCAAUCCAGAGGUUCUUGAACUAUUGUCACUAAGUUUGCUGCUGGACUGACAAACGUUGUUGGUCUCUCCAUGAUUCUUGCGUAUCCUACUCUUGCUGACUAACAAUUGUUGGUCUCUCCAUGGCUCCACGUAGUUAUUAUAGCCAUCUGAGUCCGCCCUUCUGUCUAAAUUGCUCAGUAAGCCUUUCUCUUAUAGUCUGAUAGUCCAGUCUGUCUAUGCAAGGGCUCAGUUUUCAGUCCAGAGGUUCUUGAACUCUUGUCACUAAGUUUGCUGCUGGACUAACAAAUGUUGUUUGUCUCUCCAUGAUUCUUGCAUAUCCUACUCUUGCUGCUAUUCCUCACAUGUACAUCAACGCGUAGAAGAAUAUUCUGUCAUUUAUCACAGCAACAGAAUUAGUCAUUCACAGGCUGAAAAAGUGGACCCGAGCAAGUUUGCUGCAGCCAUUACUGCUCCAGUUGCUGCUGCUUGCACUUCAGCAGCGUUCCAGUUGCUGCUGCUGCACUUCAGCAGCUCCUGCCAAGGAGGAAAAGAAAGAAGAACCUGAGGACGACGAUGACUUUGUUGGUGUAUUGUUUGAUUGGGUUAUUUUAAUCUAGCAACAAUAUCUCUCAGGUCCUAAGAUUGGUAUUAUAGAUGAUGAAUGCUAUUUUGGAUGUCUAGUAGGAUAGUUUUGAACAAUUUCCAUUUGGUUCGCUAUCGUUCAGACGUUUCAUGCACUGAAGUAUGAUGUAGUUCCUUCUGUUUCAGUGGAGUUCUAACUUUGAGUUUGAGCUAUCCUUGGGCAUUUUUGCUCCUCAAUAAUAAAAUAGCUAAAUAUACUUUCGUUUUAUUAAUCAAUUUCUGUCGUUGUUUAUGACCUCUCUACUCUACUUUUUUAAAGUAUAGUGAACAUUUAAUGUCCGUUUCAUGCACUGAAGUAUGAUGUAGUUCCUUCUGUUUCAGUGGAGUUCUAACUUUGAGUUUGAGCUAUCCUUGGGCAUUUUUGCUCCUCAAUAAUAAAAUUAUAGCUAAAUA